AUGGAGCACAGCCCAACAAAUCAAUAUCUCCGACUUCUAGAUGAACUCAGUACCAGUGACAAAAUUCCUAACAAGAUUACCGGUGCAUUGAUGAAUUACACGUGGCCUAUAUACCGAUCAGAAAGACAAGAAAAGUAUAGCGAACCUAUGAUUUGGAUUGGGUUGUAUAUCGCGUGUGCAUCUCUUGUUUGCAUCCUUGCUAUGGUCGCUGAUUUAUUACAUGGCAUACGGAGGGGGAAGUUAUGGUUCCCUUGCAAGUAUUUUAGAAUCAAUUCUGCCUUUCUCGCUGUAAUAUCUGUUGCAAUGAAGUUACCGGUGGAUCUAAGUGGUUCCAUGCCUGGUGAUGUGGACCAAGUGGCAAAGCUCGGAAGCAUGGCCUUCAUGUGCACCAUGAUGGCUAAUUUAUUGCCUUGUUUAUCAACCAUGGACAACAAUGCACUCUGGUCAAACAUCACAGCUUUGUGUCUUCUUGUGAUCACAAUGGUUGUGAAUGUUUGCAUUCAAAUACAAACAGGAGUUGUAUCCUAUAAACAAAUGGCCCCUGUUAUGAAUGUUUUAGGCCCCUUAGACGAGGUUAAAAUUAACAAAGAUCGUAAUAUCAUACUAGCCUCCAUUUAUGUGGCUUCGUUACUUUGGUUGUUGAUGGUACAUGUAUGUUCAUGUUUAGCGAUUCUAAAAUCCAAAAAGAUUAUAGAAUCGAAAUACCAACAAGGUCACGAUGGAGCUUUGAAAGACAUUAAACAGUCAUCAGGAGAAUUGAUAACAGUUGAGCAGCUGCAAAAAUAUGUGAAGAACCACUGGAUCAUGGCAGGAAGUGGCAGCCCCCAAUUCAUAACAGCUUGCUUUCGUACCACAUCUGCUUCUGGGGUAAUAUGUGUUUUUGUCACUAUCUUACAUACUUUUACUAUGUUCUGGAGUAUUGAAGCUAUUUUGAAAAAGGACUGUGGUUCAGAUUAUGGUCUAUCCAUGAUAGCAAUUGUGAUAGCACAGUUUAUUGGAGUCGUGAUUGGUACAAUUGCACCAAUUUCUAGAUGUUUUGCAGCCUUAAGUUUUAAGGUGUCCCUCAAAAUCAUCUCAAAUCAUUUUAAGGUCUUUAAACUAGAGAGCUACUGGACAUCGAAGUUAUAUGACUGGAAACGUGCAAGUUUAAAGCUCCCAUUGCGUAGCCACAGUCUCAACGUCGUCAUGGAGACUUCAAAAAAGCUAAUUCUCAGCUUUUGUAUAGAAUUCCAGGAGGGAUUUGUGGUGGUAUGCAAGAUACUAGCCUUGAUACCAUAUGUAUUCAUGAUAUGUGUCUUGUAUUCUGUUCGUUGUUUGAAGUGGUUAUUACACAAAUACCGCUUUAAUACAUCAUUGGACCGGUUUAGCUCAUUGGAAGAAAAGACUGACUUCUUCGAACGAAAUGAGGAUCUUCGUCCAUAUGUUUUGCAACUUGAAGAUGAGAUGGAGCUUGCCGAGAGGACAUUGGAAGGCCUUUCAAAAUCUGUGAACCAGUUGAUCCAAAAUGGUGAAAAUAGCCAAGCCAACAUUAACCUCAUGAACCUAAUUGAACAAAACUCUACUGGUGGUUUUCAUGGAGUUGCAAAGUUUGACAACAUAGAUGAAUAUCACAUCCAUCAUGUUCCGUUUUUACAACUAAAAGUAGAGUACCAAGAUUGUUGGAGCUUACCAGUGGUAACCCUAACAACCAUCGCAAUUUCCCUACCUACAAUCGAAAAGAAGGAAGUUGAUAACUUGUUGGAAAGUGUGAGGGAAGGUUUACUAUACGUCACACUUGUUGAAGAAAAUCUGAAUGCUACCGAUGACUAUGUAAGCAUUCAAGAGGCUGCAAAAACUUUGUGGAAAGAAGUUGACAUCGACCAUGAAUGGUUAGGACACAAGUUGCAAGAUAUCUCCUCCCAAGUGAAAACAACCAAACAGAUUGUUGAAUGCUUCAGGGAUACAGCUAAAAACAUAGUUUACUCAGAGGAUACAAGUAAGAAUGAUGAUUCAAUAGGCAGGUCUAUGUGUGGCAACUCAAUGUAUCGUAUAACCAAAACGAUCUUGAUUACCUACCGUGCCAACAUUGAUGAUGAGGUUAGCCAAAGGGAACUAUUUGAUAACUUAUCAUCAAUGAUCACCGACAUAAUGGCCGCUUGUCUCAUAAACUUACCUCAAGUCAUAGCAAUGAAAUGCCACACUAGUGCAAUAGAGAUAAGGGAGGCCAGUGUCAAAGACGCAGCCCGACUUCUAGGUGAAACUACACAAAUAAUCAAAACACUUCAACGCCGUGGUAUUCCAGAUAUGAAUCCAAGCGACUUGCCAUUUAUGCAUAAAUGGCGUGCUCAUUUAGGGAAUGCUUAA